UGAAGUCCUGCUGCGUAAGUUUCCGUUGCGCCAAAGACUUGGCUUGAAGACUACUUCUCUGCAAGAUCAACCUCUCUCCUAGACAACCAAGCUUCAGUAAUUGCGCUGUAUUUUCAUUAGUGUUUGCAGUAGUACUCAAAUCAAAAUCUAAUACCAGGUCAGUUCAAUCAGUGAUUCCUCUUUCUCUGAUUUACUCAUUCAUAUAAUUCAUCACCAGUUUCAUAUUUUCCCGAAAUCUCCGUUGUUAUCCUGAUUUAUUGUCACUGAAUCAUAUACAACAGCUGUUUCUUCCAAUUCUCUGAGAUGGGUAGCAAAAUUUAAGUGCUUUAGUGUGCCAAUUUGUGUUUGAGCAACUGGGUGUUGAAGUUCUAUGGGUUUUAGCAAGAGGGUCUGUUACAAAUCUUGAGAAUUAGGAAUCAUGUGGAGGGUUAAUUUGGUUGUUCUUGUUUCUUCAUUGUGCGGAUUGAUUUUCUUUGGGUAUGUAAAUUCGUUUAUCUCUGCUGCAUCUACUUUGGAAUUUGAGUUCACAGCUGAAUCUACUGGAACUUACACGUAUGAUAGACUUGAUGAAGUGAAGAAGCAGUGUGCUUCUGUUCUAAAUUCUGCUGUUGAACUGAAACCUGAAGAUAGUAGGUUUUAUAGUAUUAAAGAAGAACUGGUUUUUAGUUAUGGAGAUUGGUGGCAGGAAGCUGGCUCUGCCCCAAUCUUGCCAUUUAAUGACAGAGAGGUUAUAAACUAUCCAUCAGAAAUGCCCUUGAAUUUAGCUUCUUUCUGGGUUACUGAUGUUGACAGAGCCCAUCAGUCUAAGAAAUUUGUUAGUGUCAGUGGCAUUUUGUUGCUGGGCAUAACAGUUGACAAUUCUUUUAUGGAGAAACCAUAUGGUGGAAGUCCUCAGUUUCAGAUAUGGUCUGGUCAUACUCAACUCACAAUUUUCUUUCAAGGGAUUUACACCGAAACCAAACAAAAUGGUGGGGAAAGAGUAAUGUGCUUACUAGGAAACACAAUGUUGCCUUCUAGGGAAUCUGAUUCUAGUGAUCCAUGGGAAUGGGUGAAGGCAUCUGAUAACCAAUCGCCUCUUUUGCAAGAUGAUCAAAUUCUCCUAGUUGUUCGUUACCCAAAGACUUUCACAUUGACUAGUCGUGCAAUAAGAGGGGAAUUGAGAAGUUUGAAUCCAAAAUCAAAUCUUAAGUACUUUGAUAAAGUUCACAUUUCAUCCCAGCUAGGGAAGUUGUCGCGAUAUGUGUUUGAAAGGGAAAGAUUUGUAUCAAGGGCUUGUAAUCCUUACCCAUACAGAGAUAGUUUGAUGAAUGGUGACAUUGAUAUUUAUAAGGGGGUUGCAAUUUGUGAAAUUCUUGAGCAAGUUAGUAGCGGAGGGGCUCUCACAGUUUCUCCAAAUGGGCAGCUUUGCAUGAUUGGAUGCCUCGGGCUUAUUGACAGUGAAGAAAGCAGCUGCAUUUCCCGUGCCUGUUUAUACAUACCCGUUUCAUUUUCCAUAAAGCAACGAAGCAUAAUUGUAGGGAGUUUUUUCAGCAUUGAGAAAAAUAACAUGACAUUCUUCCCCUUAUCAUUUGAAAAGCUUGUGCAGCCUACAGAGUUAUGGAAUUAUUUCAGGACCUCACAUCCUCGUUACAGUUACUCAAAAACGGAAGCAGCUGGCACCAUUCUUGAAAGGAAUGAGGCAUUCAGCUUUGGAACUGUUAUAAAGAAAUCCUUUCUGCACUAUCCAAAACUAGAAGACGCAGAUGACUUUUUAUCCAGUCUUUCUCUUCUCUCAGAAGAUCUUACCCUCCAUUCAUCUGCAUUUCCUGAUCCUAUGACUUUCACUCACUCCGAACGAACGGAAAUUCAAGUGGAGAUUCUUUCACUUGGCUCGUUAUUUGGGCGUUAUUGGUCUCUGAGAAAUAUAUCAACCAUCGACGAGGAGACUUCUUAUCAUGCUAAAACUGAAUAUACCGAAAAGCAGCUCCUUUUGAAUGUGUCAGCUCAACUCAUGCUUAGUGGCGAUGAUUACAGCAAUUUUUCUGUGCUUUUCUUGGAGGGUCUUUAUGAUAUGCAGGUAGGAAAAAUGUACCUUGUUGGUUGCAGGGAUGUCCGAGCUGCAUGGAAAAUCUUAUUGGAGAGCAUUGAUCUUGAAGCUGGUUUAGAUUGUCUAAUUGAAGUUAUAGUCGCUUAUCCACCUCUUCCAGCACAGUGGUUAGUCAAUCCAACAGCAAGAAUUUCCAUUACCAGCCAGAGGAAUGAAGAUGAUCCUCUCUAUUUUUCCACAAUUAAGCUUCAAACUCUUCCCAUUCUGUACCGGAAGCAGCGAGAAGACAUCCUUUCUCGUCGAGGCAUUGAGGGGAUCCUCCGGAUCCUGACACUUUCAUUUGCUAUUGCUUGCAUCUCAAGCCAACUCUUUUACAUGAAGCAUGAUUCAGAUUCUGUUUCUUUCAUAUCUCUUGUAAUGCUUGGUGUCCAAGCUCUUGGAUAUAGUAUUCCUCUAAUCACAGGGGCAGAAGCUCUCUUCAAAAGGAAAGCUCAUGAAUCUUAUGAAAUGACUUCUUAUGAUCUCCAGAAAAAUCAGUGGUUUUACAUUAUUGAUUAUGCAGUGAAACUUCUUGUAUUGAUGGCGUUCCUACUAACUCUAAGGCUUUUCCAGAAAGUGUGGAAAUCUCGUAUCAGGUUGCUUACAAGAACUCCUCUGGAAGCACAUCGUGUCCCAAGUGAUAGGAGAAUACUUCUUACUACCUUGAUCAUACAUGUUAGUGGGUUUAUAAUUGUUCUGAUUGUGCAUUCUGUUAAAACUAGCCAAAGACCUCUACCAACAUCUGAAAGAUACUUGAAUUCUAUGGGCAGCGGAUGGGAAACCGAACUCGAGGAGUACAUUGGUCUUGUUCAAGAUUUUUUCUUGCUGGAUGAGUACAAAACCGACCGAAAUCAGCUGAAAACAACUGAAAACGGCCAAUCCGAGGUAAACCGCUACCGCGGGCGAUGA